UUUUUAUUUUUUUUUUUUCCCUAUCGUUGAAACCAGAUUAAUGAGUUCAUUUGAGGGUAUAUCUACAUGCAUGCAUGUAUAAAUAUAUAUUAUCGUUGUAUAUCGUUUUAAUCAAUUCUACUUUCAGAAAAUUACAUUUCGGGAUCAGAUCAAGAAGACGAAUCAAUCGAUGUUCCUAAUGUAAUCCCUGGAUUGAGAAAAAAAAUAAACGCUGCAACAAAAGAUAAUGUAGACGAACUCAUGAGAGAAAUAAUGGCGGGAAUGAAUCCAGAAUUAAACACUCAUCGACUUCAAAACUAUUUUAAAAAUCUCAAAAAAAUAUUUCCAUUAAUCGAACAAUAUGGACUACUAGAACCACAAUUCAACGCUUUAUUUGAAGCCAUUUUGAGUAAAAACUUGCCGAGUGCAUCAGCAAAAAUACUUAUUCCUUAUUUAUUGCCAAGAAGUAAGAUAUCAGACGAAUAUAUUAUUCGUAUCAUUGGAAAAUUAUCACAGAAAGGAGUGGAUAUGAGUAUGGUUGCUGAGUUGCUAAAAUGGAUUAUUGCUGUAUAUGACAUUAUUGAAAGAAAAGAUAGAAUUCGUAAAUUAUACCCCGUUUUAUUUCACUAUUUACCUUAUGUCUCAGUAAGAUCCCAUAUUUGUCAUUUACUUUAUUACUUGACUAGAAAAGAACAAGUUACGCCAUAUAGAGUUAGAAGAUUGAAUGAAUUGAUUGAAUCAGAAAGAAAUAAUGCAGAGAUGAUAGGUUUAUUAUUAUAUUAUCAAACAUUUGAUAUUAGUAUUAUAGUGCCAUAUAAUGUUCGACUCGUCAAUGUAUUUGUAUUCAAAAAUCCCUGCCUUAAUAUCACCACUAAUCUUGCAAAUAUUCGUGGAUUAUGGGCUAAUGAUGAAAUGGAAUUAACAUUAGAUGUGCAUAAGUCAGACUUUCAAUUACCAGCAAGGAAAAAACCUAGAGGUUCACGGUCAAAAAAAUUAACAGAAGAACCUUCACGUACAUUAGAUAUAAUCGAUAUUACUCGUAUUGCAAAUAAUGCAGAAAAUUUUGAAAUAGCAGAGCAAUUUUAUGCAGUAUUGGAAAAUAGGAGACUACAACAUAUCUUUUUAUGUGAUCCAAAUGAUAAUGUUAUUGACCGCCUUAGUUAUUGGAUCACACAAAAAAUUAUGGAUUUGAUAAGAUGGGGUAAUAGUAAAGAUAGUGAAAGACAAGAAUUACAUGAAUUACUAAAGAUGCUAGUUAAAUUUACACGAUUUGCAAAGACUCAACUGGCUGCUAUAGAAUAUAUUUUAUUUCAAUAUUUAAAAACAUGGAAUGGAUUCGAAUUUCAGGAUGAAAUCUUUGAAUUAAUAACAUAUAUUAAACCUGGUGAAUUUAGAGAAUUAUAUCAGCAAGUGUUAAAGCCUUUAUAUAAACUAUAUGCUGUAUCUGAUGUCAGAUGGAAAACAAAAUUAAUACUUUGUUAUACAGAAUGGCUAAAGAAUUGGGCAUUAUUGGAUUGGAGUCGACAUGUACAAUUAAGUAAAGAAGGGGAAACAGAUGUUGAUUACAUAACAAAUGUAUUUAGUGGUUUAACAUUUAACAUUAAUUACUUUGAAACAAUACAAAAAUUAGUAGAGCAUGUUGAUCGAAUAUGCGUUAUGGGUUUAUUAGCGGAAAAUGAUAAUCCAUUGAUGCAACAUGGCUGUUUAACAUUUUUUGAACUUGUAUCUACUAUUUCGUUACAAGACGAUAUUCCAGAUAUUAUUAUUCCUGCUGCUGCUCUUGUUCAUCGUAGUUUCUUUUCUACCUCUGCGAUGGCAGUGAGUCGAAUGUGUGGGAUUAUUCAUCGAUAUAAGUUAGCUUUUGAAGAAAACGAUAAAAAAACUGAGGACUGGAUGUCAAAGCAUAAUCCUGCCUAUCUUGAUCAUUUUAACAAGUACAUGAUGGACAUCUGUAACGCUUUAUGGAGAAAUCUGGCUUUAUCUAAUUCAUACCAAGAUUCGCUAGCCUUUUCAUUAAAAGAAUUGAGCAUUGAAAAAUUGAAAGCAAUUUGCAAAGAAAGAGACAUUGAUGCUAAUCUAGUAUUAUCUAUUACUCAUUCUUCACCGUUAGUCGGAUUUUCUAAACGAUUCAUGACAAUGUUAGAAGAUGAAGCAAAAAUAAUACAUCAAAGGCCUAUUACAGCAAAAUAUCUAAAGCAGCUUCAAAAGGUAAAAGGAAAAAGUAGAAUAACAAUUAAUUUUAAUUAAAUCUCUUUGUAGCAAGGAGGUAUUUCUGUUGACUUUUUUAAUUAUCGUGUUCAAUAUUUGGAUUAUUUAAACCAAAAUGGAUUUAUUGGUAUAUAUGAUUUACUCUAUGCCUGUAUGACUUCCUUGAUCAAACUUAAAGGAAACGAAUCCAUCACUUUGAGUGAAGCUUCUGCUAUCAGUGUCUCAACUACAGAUACGGCCUCUUUUUCUAAUAUAUAAAAAAUGAAAAUGAAAAUGAAAAUGAAAAUGAAAAU